AUGUUUAAAUUACAAAAAACAAUUUUUCAACUUUUAAUAUUUUUCUCCUCUUUAUUUCAAUUUUUACGAAUUUUUAUUAAUUGUCAACAAUCUUCAUCAGGAAAUAAAGAAUUUCCUCAAGAAAAACCUUUAAAUAAAUUCCUUUAUCAAUUACAAAAAUCUGAGGGAAUAAAAGAAGAAAUUUCAAAUUAUUCUCCUCCUUCUCCCCCAAUAAAUCCUUUAUUUUUUCCAUUAAAUAAUUUAAGAAAUCCCCCACCUCCCCCUACACUCCUUCAAUCACAAAUUCAUUCAAACAUUCUUUUACUUCCAAAUCCAGCACAAUUACCUUCAAUAUUCCGUUUAUCAGCAACUCCAAUGUCUCAAAGUCAAGCAUUUCCAUUAAAUUCAAGUUUAAAUUCUUUAUUGGAAAAACAAAUUAGUACUCAAAAUGAAUUAGUAUUUACAACAAAAAGUAUUAAUAGAAAUUCCUUUGUUUCAACAGAAGAAAGUAGUUCUGUUUCUCCAAAUAAUUUUGAAGAAGAAAAAUCUUCUUCUUCUUCAACUUCACCUUCUACCAAUUAUUUUUCUUCUCCUUCUUCACCAGAAAGUACAACAACAACAACAACCAAUUUAUUUUCUACUUCAUCAACUCAAUCUCCCCAACUUUCAACAACCCUCGAUUUCCCAACAUUUUUACAAUCUGUCAAUAUUUCUGAAAAAUAUAAAGAAGAAUUUUUAAAAUUAAUGGAAAAUGAAAUAUCACGAAGGUUGGAAAAUCGUUUAAAUGAAAAUAACAAAGAAGAAAAAAUAGAGAUUGAGACAAAUCCAAUUGUUGAAGAAAUACAGAGAAAACAAAAUAAACAACAAACAGAAAAUCUUCAUUAUAUAAAAGAAGAAAAUGAAAAUAAUUUUGGGGAAAGUAGAAGAAUAAAUUCUGAUUUUCCAAAACGGUCAGAAUUACGUACUGUAAAUACAAGACUUUUCUCUUUACUAGCUAGUGGAGAAGGAGGAAUUGGAGGAGGAAAUGGUGAUCAACAAGAGAGGCAAUUUUUGAAUUGUUGA